AUGUACAAAGGGGACUGGGAAUUGUCUAAUAUACCGACUUGUAUCAGAAAAGAUUGUGGAAAUAUAUCUAUCCUUAAUGUGAGUCAUGCCCAGGUACGAUACCAGAACAAUGGUACAAAGUAUGAGUCAACGGGCGAGAUUGUGUGUGAUGAAGGAUACUACAACCAGGAAGUCGGUCAAACGACUGGAACCUCAACAACAAACAUUACAUGUACUCAUACAGGGAAAUGGCAGAAUGUGUCCGAAUGUAUACCAAAAGAUUGUGGAAAUUUAACAUCACCACCAAAUGGCAAAGUCACGUUGAACAGUACAUUAUUUAAAUCGAAUGGCACAUAUUCGUGUAACAAUGGAUAUAAUGUGUUUGGAAAUGUUACCGUUACGUGUCAGGCGACUGGAUUCUGGAGUGACAAUACCACAGUUUGUCAGAUUAAAGAUUGCGGACACCUUGCAGCACCAGCAAACGGCACCAUAACAUUUUCUAAAAACACCACAGUGUACGGUUCAAACGCUACAUUCACAUGUGAUGCCGGCUAUAACCUGACAGGAUCGAACACAAUAAAUUGCAUGGCAUCAGGACACUGGAGUGACAAUAAAACAUAUUGCAAAAUUAAAGAUUGUGGAGACCCAGAACAACUAGGCAACGGUACUGUUGACCUUUCAGAUGGAACAAUGUUUGGAGCAUCAGCCUUAUAUAAAUGUAAUCCCGGAUAUACAUUACAUGGGGAUAACUCUACCACAUGUCAAGCAGAUGGCACUUGGCAUGACAUUGAACAGAACUGUACAUUAAAUACAUGCACUAAGUCAGCGAAUUAUACCAACAUUACCAAUGGCAAAGCAAACGUCACAACGUCUCGGGCGUCUUAUCAGUGUGACAUAGGAUUCACCUUACAUGGUAACAGCAGUUUGUAUUGUUUGCUGAAUGGUACAUGGAACACAAAGCCACCGACAUGCCGAAUCACAGAUUGUGGCAAUCUGACAAAACCAGAUAAUGGAAAUGUAACAUUCGUAAACACGACAUAUAAUUCUAUUGCAACAUUUACAUGCAACGAUGGUUAUAGCUUAACUAAGAAUGGAUCAUCGGUAUGUAAUGCUUCUGGCUAUUGGAACAGUAUUCCAAAAUGCAAUAUCAAAGACUGUAGAAAUAUUACCGACCCUACAAAUGGUACUGUUGACCAAAGCAACGGAACAACAUACUUAUCCGUAUCAACAUACAGCUGUGAUGUUGGAUAUACCUUAAAUGGUAGUAACAUAACAACUUGCACUAAAAACGGGACUUGGGAUUACCCCCACGUACAAUGCAAAAUAAAUGAUUGCAAAAACCUUUCAAAUAUUUCGAACGGAAAUGUUUCUCUACUCAAUGGUGCAACAACGUAUGAAUCGGUUGCGAUUUACACAUGUAACGAAGGCUAUUAUACCAACACCUCAACGACAAGAAUAUGUCAGGCGAACGCAACGUGGAGCGGGUCUGCUCCUAAUUGUUCGAUAAAAGAUUGCGCCAAAUUGAAAGAUCCUGCACACGGUAAAGUUAACCUUACAAAUGGGACUGAAUAUCAGUCCGUGGCAAGGUACACAUGCGACAUAGGCUAUACGCUGUAUGGUGAUAAUGCAGCACGUUGUCAAUCAUCAGGAAAUUGGACGGAACAUUACCUAAAUUGCACAAUAAAUGAUUGUGGCCAGCCUGCAGGUCCCACUUAUGGAAACAUAACAACAGAUAAUGGUACAACUUUCCAAUCCGUUGCCAUAUACAGUUGCUAUGUCGGCUACGAUUUGAUUGGUACUAACACAACAAAAUGUCAGGCAAACAAAACAUGGAGUUUACGUUUACCAAGAUGUGACAUCAGAAAUUGUAGUCAUCCGGAUAAUCCCGCUAAUGGUACAGUUGAUACGAGCAAUGGAAUAGUGUACAUGUCAAAUAUAACAUACAGCUGUAAUCCAGGGUAUAACCUACAAGGAAAUAACACCGCAUUUUGCCUAGCUAACAAAACCUGGAGUUCGAAAAGACCGUCGUGCAAUAUAAAAACAUGUGACAGGCUUGAUAACCCUACCAAUGGUUAUAUAAAUCCUGCACCGGGCCACACAAUGAAUUAUAAUGAUAAUGCUACAUAUACGUGCAAUACAGGAUACCGCAUACAAGGUGUCGACUUUGUCACGUGCACCGCAAGUGGUAACUGGAGUAGUCCUCCCCCAGUAUGUAAAGACAUAGAUGAGUGUGCCGAAUACCACACAGAUUGCGACUUGUAUGCUUCAUGCACAAAUAGCAAAGGAUCUUACAGCUGUAAUUGUCAAAAAGGGUUCAGAGACCUCUCGAAUGGGAGGGGACAAAAAUGUCAAGAUAUAGACGAAUGUUCCAAUUCUAGUACAAACUUCUGUAACAAGAAUGGUUCUCGGUGCAUCAAUUAUAUGGGCGGCUUCAUUUGCAUGUGUUUUCAAGGAUGGACAGGUGGAAACUGCACAGAAGAUACUGAUGAAUGUGCUGAUAGUACAACGUGCGGUCCGCAUGCUAAAUGUACAAAUUCACCCGGAAGUUACAACUGCACGUGCGACGUAGAAUAUUCGCAAGGAGAUCCUAAAGUACACUGUUACAAAAAAGUGAUCAUAGAUCUUUUAACACCGGUGGCAAUACACAGAGGAGAUAAUCAGCUGAUAGGAGCAGAGUCUAUACAUUAUAGAUUUCCAUAUUUCGGUACAAACUACAACUCAUUUCGGCCCAACAUGAAUGGCUUUCUCACUCUCGGAUACCAGCCUUUGUAUGAAAACUAUGGAGCCGAGAAUCCAAACGACUGGAAAAGAUUCAGCAAUGGACAAACUGUAAUCGCUCCGUUUUGGACGGACCUUGAUUCUACUGAUCUUACAGGAGGAGUUGAAGUUCACCUGCUACAGUAUUAUACCAAUUAUGGCCAAAACGAUACCUUGCAUAAAGACCUAGCUGAUCUUGGACAAAAGUUUACUAACUACCUUAACUUAACAGACUUUAAGCCACGUAUUGCCAUUGUAGUUACCUGGCGCAACGUCACACAACAUUCCUACAUUAUUCCAGCCAGGCUUAUCAGAACACAGAACGCAACGAUGCAGGCUAUUCUAAUAUCUGACGGAAUUUAUUCCUAUGUUAUGUUUAAUUACGACCACGAGUUGUGGUCGUUAAAGUUGGACGACAACAUUCCAAGCUCUGCUGGAUAUAGUCUACCUGACAAGACAGGGUUUAUUUCUGGGACUAGUAAUAACAUGUCAAUGCUAAAUAGUGAAUCUAAUGUUCAUCCAGCCUUAGCAGGAAGAUGGAUAUUUAACGUCAGUAGCAAUGAUAACAAAACGAACCAGUUAUUGCGGAACGAAAGCGAAUGUAUUCAAUUUAGACACAAUUCUACUAUCCGAAAUUGGAUAACGGAGAACAGGAAAUUGGCCUAUGCAUGUCCCUGCACUCAGCAGCAGAUGGACCUUGACUACAGUUACCGUACUGUUAACCCGUUGUACAAGAACUCACUACCUACGACAUGUUAUGAGGCGUGGUUCUUUAACAAUGAUGGAGUGAAGCAGACCUGUUGCUACAGUUAUGGGGCUUUAAUGAAAGGUAACGUAGGAGGCGGUUUUGCUACCUUUGAAAAGGACGACUACAAGACUUUACAAUAUUUCUACAAAUGCUGUGGUGGAGACAAACAUUUGUGCCAUUUAUUCUAUGAAAUGAACCCGUCUGAUGAUUGCUCUAAUUUUAACCCUGCAGAUGAGCCCAUUGCCAGGAAAAGGCGAUCUGUUGUUACAUACUUCAGUGGUGGAAGUGAACAACGCGUUUCAGUUAACUUGGUAGUUUAUUUGAUCCUCAUCUCCGGACAGUUAAGCUACCUCUUUGAGUAGCUUUGAAGUAAACAUUCUUCAGAUUUAACUAUUCUAUGAGGAAAACAUUUAAUUUGAACAUACAUGUAUGUCAUAUCUGUUUGGUACCCUACUAAGAGUGUUUAUAGAGUAGGAAGUGAGGAAAAUUGAGGAUUUAGACUAAACAAAACUUGAAACCUGAUCAACAAGUUCGCACAGAAGUCGACAGAAGAUUACCCCUAAAUUAAUCUAAUGUGUGUCUACAAUUAGACGAUGCUGUUUAUUCUAUAGUUUGCACAUUUUAUUCACGUUGUUUCUCCUUUUUUAACGUUUUAUACGACAAGCCUUUAAUAAUGAAAUGUGUUACUUUUACAAUGAAAAUUGUCUUCGCAUUUAUUUUUUUUAUCUUUUUUAUUUUAUUUUUGUUGCACUUUUGCCGGCUUUUAUCUUAUAUUGCAUACAAUUCAAACUUAAAAAUCAAAGUUUUACGUUAUGUUUUCAAUGGAAUAUACAGUUCACUGAUUGCCAAUCGUCACACAAUUUACUAUUUCCAAAAAUAUCUUUUACUCUAUAUUGUAUUGUUUUUCUUCAUAAGUGCGCCAUUGUUUUACCUUUUAGUUUGUAAAUGCGUUACGAAAAAAUUAUUUGUGUUGAUGAUUUUUUCAAUAAUUGUUUCUUGAUAUGACGAUUGAACAGUUAUAUAAAAAUGUAUUUCAAUCAUUGCUUUUUACCCCAUGAGUUGUAUUUUUAUCGGAUAUCUUGAACAUAUUCUAUAGUUACUCUUUCACUUUUAUUGUUCAUUUGUGUUCCGUUUAAUAAUGUAAGUAUGCAUAAGACUAAUUGCGUUUUUGGUUUAUUUUAAUUAAACUGGCAAGAAUGUAUACUUCAUUUGCUUACCUUACCUAUUAUUGGGACCUCAAUAAUUUUAAGCUUUUAAAAUUAGAAAAAUGUUUGAAGAACGGUUUACUAGAGUUUGUAACCAGAAUCGUCUCGGCCUCAUUGGCUGUUGUAAAAAAAAAUAUUAUCACUCGUAAAUUGUGCUGAGCAUUAGGUUAUUUGUCAUAAAAGUCAAUCCGAUUUUUUGUGCCCCCUCUUGGGGGGAGGGGGGGGUAGAUUUACCCUUGUCCGUUCGUCCGUCCGUUCUUCCGUUCUCUUUUGUGUCGCACGUAACUCAAUAAGUAUUUGACAUAGAGUCAUGAAACUUAACGGAAAUGUUGAUUAGCAUGUGUAGUUGUGCACCUUUGUAUUUUCGUUGGGAUUUAUUUAUUAGUUUUAGAGUAAUUGCCCUUGACUUGUUGAAUUUUCAACUCUUGUCGCAUGUAACUCGAAAAGGAUUUGACCUAGAGUCAUGACACUUUACAGGAGUGUUGAUCAGCAUGUGUAGUUGUGUACAUAGAUAUUUUCGUGUGAAAUUAUGUAGAAUUUUUAUAGUUAUUGCCCUUGACUUAGUACAAUUUUGCAAUUUUCAAUUUGUGUCGCAUGUAACUCAAAAAGGAUUUUACAUAUAGUCAUGAAACCUUACGGGAAUGUUGCUCAGCAUAUGUAAUUGUGCAUCCUGGGUUUCGCUUGUGAAUUAAUCCAGUAUUUGUAAAGUAAUUGCCCUUGACUUAGUUAAAACCGUUUCAUUAUGGUGUGUUAUUUGUUCAUUGAGUGCUUUAGUUAGAAUCAACCAACUUUACAGGAAUAAUGAUCAACAUCACUAAAUUACAGGAAUAAUUAUCAACAUCACUUUGAAGCUAUGUACCUGGGACUCGCAUGUGGAUUUCUUCAGUUUUUGCCCUUGACUUACAGUUGUAUAAAUUUGCAAUUUUCUACUUGUUCAUGCAUAACGGAAAAUGCAUAGGCCUGAAAGAUUACAAGAAUGUUGGUCAGCAUGUGUACUUAUGCACCUUGGGGUUUGUUUGUGGAUUUAUUCAGUAUUUGUAAAUUAGUAUUUGUAAAGUUAUUGCC